AUGGAGGAGAACACCGCCGAAAACAGUAUUCCAAACACCGAAGCCAGGCCCGGGGAUAUUCGAAUUGGGGAAGUUUCUGGAGAAGACACACUUGUGUUGUAUUUGUCUCAAGGUACUGGGAAUACAGGAGAACAGUGCAACCAGAACGGCAGGUGUGAAAGUGAUAUUAGCAAAUGCAAGAAGCACAAGGCCAGCAAUUGCAUCUGUCUUUCAAAAAUUCACUACGAAAUAGAUGGAGAUGUUCUUUGCAUUAGAGAAAUGAAGCCUUUCAUCUAUAUAAGUAAGAUUUCCAUCUUGUGCCAGUGUAGCCCAAGCAAGCAAAAGAUAGACAACGAAGCUCGGAUAGAACCGUAG